GAUCGGAAGCACCACAUUGUCAUGAGAAACGACAGUUUUUAGAAAGAAAGCACGCGACAUGAAACCGAACAGACAUCACCCGAGAGUCCAUUUGGACAUAACCGAUUCCUUCUAGCGUUACGACUCGGCGCGGCACACAUCAAUAUCAGCAAUAGAUACACCGUCCUCGUCAAAAUGGGGACGGACAUGAGGAUCCAGACGAAAAAAGGAUAUAACGCAGAAGCCAUGAGCGCCAGAGGCGGCGUGGUAAGACGCCACAAUAGUUGCGAUAACUACAUCAGCAGUAAAUACAGGAUAUUGACGAUGAUUUGGAAGUACAAAGCUUCCAAAACAAACCCUCUCGCACAUACAGACACACUCACUCACUCACUCACGCAUAUCAACUACCCGGGAAGGGGCGGCUCCAUAAGAACAGCCACAUCGAGAGAUCCAGGAUGCCCAGAAAGAAAUAGAGCAUCCAUCAAACAUCGAGGUGGGCGGGAAACCCACCUCCAACUACGUCUCCCACCCACCACAACCCCCUCCUCACGACAAUCGCUCACUCGUACCCACACAUACACACACACAUCGACCCACAACCUUUUUUAUUUUCCCCUUGAUCGACGACCAAGCACCAUCGUCAGAUCAGAUCGCACACAGCAUAGCACAAGGGAUCUUGUUUUUUUUUUUUUCCAGGAGCAUACGGGAGGGGCGGUAGGAAGGCGGCGGCAAAACCCGGAGACAGCGCAUAGACGGAACGGAGGACGGCGGGGGGUGGUAGUAGGAAAAGGAGGGGCGGGCGACGAGCAAGCGACGGAGGGGAAGAGGACGGACGGACGGACGGACGGACGGACGGAUCUGGAUGGAUACCCAGCGGACAGACGGAUAGACAGACGCCUCGCCGCGCGUAUCCCGGCGCAGCGUAGCACCUCGUCGUUGCCGUUGUCAUCACUUCGGCAUACAGGGACGGAGGGGGGUAGGGGGGAGAGGAGCACCCGCUGGCACGCGCGUGCAGCAGCGUAGGGCGGUUGGUUCCGGUUGGUCCGGUUGGUUCCGGUUUGGUUCGGCAUUUGCAUAGGGGCGGACGCAUGGGACCUCCCGGCGCCCUCCCCGCAGCAAGGAGGGGGGGCGCAGGCCCGGGGGGCCGAGGAC